GCUCGAGGAAUCUUGAAGUUCUAGCUUAGUCCAGGAGCAACCAAUUUGACGCAAGGUGGCUCUGGUCAUUUGGUUCAAAAGGGGCAAGCUUUAGCAAAAUCCGAAUCGUUACUUCUCUACAACACUCUUUUGUCUAAUCUGGGAGAAGUAGUAGUUCAUCAAAGCUAAUCGUUCUUUGAAGAUUACCAACAAACAAUGAGAUCAAACAUCGUUUCCGAGGCAGGACUUCCAACUAGACUGGGGCAGUGGUGGGAAGGCAUUCCAUUUCUUUCUUCAUCAGUUGUUGUUGUUUGUGGUGCCAUCUAUUUGGCUUGUCUAUUGGUUGGAUAUGACUCAUUUGCUGAAGUGUGUUUUUCACCUUUUGAUGUCACCUCACAUUUUCAAGUUUACAGGAUCUAUACCGCGAUCCUGUUUCAUGGUUCUCUGAUUCAUGUUUUAUUCAAUAUGAUGGCUUUGGUUCCACUGGGUUCUGAGCUGGAGAGAAUUAUGGGAUCUGUUCGUUUCUUAUACUUGAUAAUUCUCUUGGCUACAACCAAUGCCAUUUUUCAUCUUUUUAUUGCAUUAGUGGUGGCUCACAACCCUUUGUACUCUAAUGAAUAUCUCUUGAACGAAUGUGCUAUUGGCUUCUCUGGAGUCUUAUUCUCUAUGAUAGUUAUAGAGACAAGUUUGAGUGGGGCACAGCAUAGAAGUGUGUUUGGAUUGUUUAAUAUUCCAGCUAAAUGGUAUCCAUGGAUAUUACUGGCUAUAUUUCAGCUUCUCAUGACAAACGUAUCUUUUCUAGGUCAUCUCUGCGGAAUUUUAUCUGGUUUUGCAUAUACCUAUGGAUUAUUCAACUUCAUAAUUCCUGGACCUUCAUUCUAUUCUAAUAUUGAAUCCUUCUCUUGGAUAUCAUCUUGUGUGAGGAGGCCAAAGUUCAUAGUCAGCACUGGUGCAAGUCCUUCAGGCUACCUACCAACUUACUCUAAUCCAAAUGAUACUCAAAGCAGUGAUAUUCUGUCUGGAAACAUUUGGAGGAACAUCACCUCAUUGAUUCCUCAAAGGGAGACAACUGUUCAGUCAGAAGAAAAUGAUGGAAGAUUCCCAGGGAGGGGAAGGACACUUGGUGCUCCUCAAAAUCAAGCUGUUAAUCCUGUAAGUUCUGACUCUAGCUUACAGGCCAGACUAUUGGAUUCAAGCAAUUCAGAUCAUCCUUCUCAUACAGUGGAAACCGAAGUGAAUGGAAGGCAGUUCGCUGAUAACAUAAACGCAACUACUAGAACCCCUCAACAGGCCCCAGUUUUGUCCAAUAAUGACGUCCAAAAACUAGUGGCGAUGGGUUUUGAUAAGACACAAGUGGAAGUUGCAGUAGCUGCUGCUGAUGGUGAUCUGAAUGUAGCUAUUGAAAUUCUGAUGACCCAACAACCUCAAUAAGUCAGUAUAAACAAUGUCCAUAAUAGAAAAUUAUAGACAAUGACCAUUUUCCAGUUCUUACAAUUCAGUGGGGAUUUUUUUUAUUACUUUUUUGUUUUUAUAUUAUAUCUGAUGCUUGAGAAUGUACACCAUUAAUUGAUGACAAUUAGCUAGUGUGAUGUGUACUUUCUCAUGUAAGUGAAUGUUCUGUCCCAAUCAAAAGAAUUAAUGAACCCUAAUUGUGUUAUGGCUACU